AAGCAAGUGUUUCUUUCAGUUUCCAUUUAUUUGAAAAGGAAGUUAAACCUUAAGAUCUUCAGCAAACUCAGCACUGCCGCUAGAAGACAAAGGCGGCAACGACAAAAAUGCUAGGUGUUGUUGCAUUAGUGUUGCUGACGGCAGGACUCUCUGUCUCUCUAAUUUGUCCUGAUGGAAAAUACUGUUCUGAUACCUCAACCUGCUGCAAGACUGAACAUGGAUAUGCAUGCUGCCCUUAUCCAAAUGCAGUUUGCUGCCCGGACCUGACUCACUGCUGCCCAGAGGGCUUCCAUUGCGACAUGCAGACUCAGAUGUGUGAGAAGUCGGGGCUGCAGGCCACGGUUCCAAUGCUGAUGAAGGUGGAGGCAGAAGAGCCCAGCAUCCUCCUUGUUUCCCUGGACGGCGUCUCUGCUGAAGGAGAGAAUGCAGGGAGUCCGGUGGUGCGCUGCGAUGCGACACAUGCUUGUCCUCAUGGAAUGACAUGCUGCCAUCACCCUGCUGGGGGGUGGUCCUGCUGUAUCUACUCACCUGCUCAGUGCAGCCUGGAUGGUAACCACUGCUGCCCGUAUGGUUACCAGUUUGACAAGACCUGCACCCACUGUCUGAGGGGAGGAGUGCCUUACCCGUUUCUCCUACACAAGCCUGCCGCCACAGUUAAACCCACUAAGGCUCCUGUGCUGGAGCCCGGAAUGUCACCGAAGGACGAGUGCUGUCUGCAGGACCAGGCCACCUGUCCAGCAGGGAUCCAGUGUACGGAGCAAGGGCUGAGUGCAGGAGACAAGGAACUGCAGGCGCAGGUGGCCCUGAGUCCAGCCCUCUCUGGCUUGCCACAGUCCUCCAUCAUUAUCUGCGACUCGCGUUUCUUCUGCCCCGAUGGUAACACGUGCUGCCAGGGGCCAACCGGACAGUGGGGCUGCUGUCCAUAUCCACUGGCCCAGUGUUGUCAGGACGGCAAACACUGCUGUGAAUAUGGCUACAGGUGUAGCCGCACAUCUUUCAAAUGCACCAAAGGAUACCUCCAGUUCCCUUCAGCUCACAGGGAGGCCCAGCCAGUUUGACUGCUCCUGUCGGAAUUACACACACCUUCUCGUGUAUCUGCUUUUACAUUGUUUUAUGCUUAAAAUGCACGUAAAAAAUUGCAGCUUGCAGAAUAGCAGAUGUAAAACUCACAAAACUGGACAUCA